AUACAUAUUUUCAAGUCAGGUUUAAGUGCAUAUGAUGUAUGCAAUUCUGUGUUUUUAAAUAUGAAAAAGGACUUGGAAAAAAGUGAACUAUAGAGCGCGUUCCAGAAGAUGCAUUCAAAAUGCUAACGGCCCAUAAUAACAAAAUAAUAUAUUUAAUAUUUAUACACAUAAGAGUUAAUUGCUUACUCAUGUGCAAUAGAAAUAAAAAAAGAAUAGAAAUAUAUAUAAGCCACAUCUUUCGAUUUAUCUUCUUCUAACAUUAAGUUAACUUAUCAGUCCGUCAACUACUUUGACGGCACACGCCGACGAUAAGUCCUAUCAUAUUGAUAACAACGCGGCAUGCUACGAAAGGUAAAUCGGUAAACAGAUUGGGAUAGUAGCGGCGCACCAGUAUAAGGACGAUCGGAGAUGAGAAUCUCGGGCAACGUAGGGCCUUUGGGACUGCAGUAGUGGGGAAUCACAGGGGUAUGAGGCGCUGCGGGCCGGUAAAACGGGGGAAGGGGAGAAAACGGGGGUUUAGGACCCGAGAUCGAGAGCGAGUGGGGAUAGGCGCGUGCCCGCCCUGGCUAUAUAAGGCCCGAACUCUCAUUGGCUAGGCAUUUCGGGAGCCAGAAUCGUACCGAGAGCAUCGAGGGUGCGGUUUAAUUUUUCUUCCCACGCUUUUCUUCUCGGUCGGUCGAGUAACCACACGCUUUCGUCUGUUUUUCUCACUUUCACGAUCGCGCGUACUACGAGGUGUUAAGAAUUCGCAUCGACUUCACCACGACGAAGUUUCUCUUCGAUAAGUCGAGCAGUGUACGCCGCACGAAGGUCGCCUGGCACGCGCUGCUACAAUUCCUGCUCGCGGGUAGUGGGGGAUUCGGACCCGUGAUAUGACCUUAGUGGGGCCCAAGGAGGAGAGCGUCUUGCCCAUCAUGCUGAGUGUGCAGCAGCAGCAUCACCAUCACGGCCUUCACGCCACUUCGAGCGCGCAGACCCAUCGCGGCAACGUGAUUGUAUCCACCAACAGUAUGCCAACGAACGGCAGUACUCUACAACACGGAUGUAAGCGAACCAAAAUUUACGGACAAGCAACUGGACCUUACGGCGCGGUACCGCAUCAGCCUGCUUCGGUGGCUAGGCGAAACGCGCGUGAACGCAACAGGGUGAAGCAGGUAAACAACGGAUUCGCCACUCUGAGACAACACAUACCGCAGACAGUGGCGCAGGCACUGGGAAGUAGUACUGCUGGGACUCAUGGAGGAUCCAGAGCCGGCAGCAAGAAACUAUCCAAAGUGGAGACCUUGAGAAUGGCAGUGGAAUACAUCAGGAGUCUUCAACGUCUUCUCGAAGAGCACGAUGGUAGUUCCGAGUCCACUUCUUUAACGUCCUCCAACUCGCCCGAAAACGGAGUAGGCUCUGACUCUAAUCAUUCGGCGGAACUAAGAUUACGAGGUAGCAUCAGCGGAGAGAGCCAUCAUCACAGUAGUCCACAUGGAUCUGACCUUCGGCAUCAACACCUUAGGCAGAAUCCGAGUCCGACGACUUUUGUCCCGACGACAUGCUCGGAAGCGUCGAGUUCACCAACUCCAAGCUUUGUCUCCGAAACCUCGUCAGCUGGAAGUCAAGGUUAUGGCACUUCUGGCACCCUUUACGCAACGCAUUCCGACAGUUAUGACAAUUACGAGCCAAUGAGUCCGGAAGAUGAAGAGUUGCUAGAUGUCAUUUCCUGGUGGCAACAGAGUCAGUGAGGAUGCCGAUGUCGGAUCCCUGCCUUCUGAAGCAAUGACCAAAUGCAAAGGUACGCGUGGAGUCAAAGACAAAAAUAAAAGAAACAAAGGUAAACGAAGAAAGCGGCUGUUGCAUUAACUAUAAUCUAGUCAUAUUACUUUGCAUUUUGUCAUCUAAACUAUGUGUAAUAUGUUGUCCUUUUCUGUAUAAAUGCAAAAAAUUCUUGGAAAUUAUCUCUAGAAUUAUACAUUAAUAUCGAACGAAAUUUGGAAGCGUACAAUUACAAGUAGUAGUUCAAAAGUAUAUGACAAAUGCAUUGCAAUUUCUAAUUAUGUUAACUUUCUAUUUCGUAAUUUAUUAUGAUGAAAAUAUUUCCUCACACUUCAUCACCCAAAAAUUAAACAUAAGAUAGGGCGCGCCUAUACAGUUAUUUAUUCAAAAUAGCUCACAUCUUGAAAAAAAGAAAACGUCCUGAAAUCAUUUUUUAACUAUUUAUUGUUCAAUAAAAAUUAUUUCAAGCAAAAGUAGCAUGGUUUCAAGGGAGACGUAAAAUACGGAGAAAUGUUAAAAUAUAACAUGGAGUGCAUUCAAUUUAUUUACGUUAUCUUAAUAUUCUUACAUGUAAAACAUAAAAAAUCAACUUGCAUAAAAAAUCACAUAAUUUUAUUUAAUGCUUGAAUAAGAUAAAAUCUUCCAUAAAUUAAUAAGAUGUUUCCCUCAAAAUCAUGUAAUUUUCAAUCGAAACAUUUCAACGAAUAGUUCCCUAAAAAUUUAAGAUAAUUGUUCUUAAAAUGAGAUCCAUCGACAGGUA